AAGAUCUGCGCGGCCGGUCUUGUUUCGGGAACGCGAUAAAUGUCGAAAAUUAUCACCUUAGAUCCCGCGGCUGAUCGUGAUCUUUUCCGGGCUUGUUUUCGCCCAAAAUCAACCAAGUAUAGAAAUCGAAAAAAAGGAGGAAGUAGAUAAAUAAAAUCCAACCCUAGCUCGGAUUCCCCUCCUCCGUGUAUAUAUAUACGCCCCCAACGCGCAUGCCACAGGCCCCUUUUGACCAAGAUUUCGAGUGCAUGCAAGCAGCUCUCGUUUUGGCGCUGCUUCGAAGGCUCCUUCUCCUUCUCCUCCUCCUCCUUCAGUUCGGAGAUCGAAGGAGGGCUCGAGCUUCGGGGAGACCAGCUUUCGUUCUGCGCAGGAGUGUCGCCACAUGCCGAGCGUGACACUCGACCAGUCCGAGUCCGACAAGGACUCCGAGCCGUUCGCGGAGGUGGACCCCACCGGGCGCUACGGCCGGUACCCGGAGCUCCUCGGGUCCGGCGCGGUGAAGAAGGUGUACCGUGCCUUCGACCAAGAGGAAGGCAUCGAAGUGGCGUGGAACCAGGUCAAGCUGAGGAACUUCGACGAUUAUCCGGGGAUGAUCGACCGGCUCUACUCGGAGGUCCGGCUCCUGCGGACCCUCAAGAACAGGAACAUCAUAUCCCUCCACAACGUGUGGCGCGACGACGAGCAAGGAAAGCUUAACUUCAUCACCGAGGUGUGCACGUCGGGGAACCUGAGGGAGUACCGGAAGAAGCACCGGCACGUCUCUGUUAAGGCGCUGAAGAAGUGGUCCAAGCAGAUAUUGAAGGGUUUGGAGUAUUUGCACACUCAUGAUCCUUGCAUCAUCCACAGAGAUCUGAAUUGCAGCAAUGUCUUCGUCAAUGGGAACGUCGGUCAGGUCAAGAUCGGCGAUUUGGGAUUGGCGGCGAUCGUGGGCGAGAACCACGCGGCACAUUCGGUCAUCGGGACGCCAGAGUUCAUGGCGCCGGAGCUCUUCGAGGAAGACUACACGGAGCUGGUCGACGUGUACUCGUUUGGGAUGUGCCUGCUCGAGAUGGUGACCGUGGAGAUCCCAUACAGUGAGUGCGACAGCGUGCCCAAGAUAUACAAGAAGGUGAUGUCUGGGGUGAGGCCACAAGCUCUGAGCAAAGUGAGAGACCCUGAAGUGAGGGCUUUCAUCGAGAAGUGUCUGGGCAAACCUAGGGUCAGGCCUUCGGCUUCCGAGCUACUCAGUGAUCCUUUCUUUGACGGGAUCGACUGCGACGACGACGACGAGAACUAAUUCUUGAAUGUAAAUUGUACAUAACCAUUUAAUCAAGAACGUAGAUCCAGUGCUUCAAUUUCCUUUUCGGGGGCUUGUUUAGCAGCUCGUUUUCGGAUUUGUUAUUCUAAUGUUUGUUUUGUCUAUA